UUAAUCCUUUAUAAUUUUCCGUCCUCGGUCCCCAGCCGCCAUUGCCCCAAACUGGAAAUUCGGGGAGAAAAUUCUUCUGCUUCGUUCAGAUCCCGCUUGUAGAGUCUUCUAGACUGUCGCGUGAUGACUUCGAAGCCCGCUCCCACGGCAAACGGCGCCGGCCCCGAUGCUGGUGCCGGUGGGGGCGUACGCCGGCGGAGGAGGUUCUGGGUGGCAGCCGCGGUGGUGCUCCUGCUGGCGCUCCUCGCCGCGGCCGUGAGCUCCCGUAGCUUCCCGGCCAUCUCCUCCUACUCGCGCAGCGGAGGCUGCGGUUGCCCUGGUGCCAGGAAGUACACAGGGAUGGUGGAGGACUGCUGCUGCGACUACGAGACGGUGGACGCAAUCAACGAGGAGGUGCUUUACCCGAUCCUGCAGGAGCUUGUCUCGCUGCCCUUCUUCAGGUACUUCAAGGUUAAAUUGUGGUGUGACUGCCCUUUUUGGCCUGAUGAUGGAAUGUGUCGGCUUAGGGACUGUAGUGUCUGUGAGUGCCCAGAUAAUGAAUUUCCCGAACCAUUCAAGAAGCCUUACAGUGGCCUUUCUCCAGAAAAUAUGAUCUGUCAAGAAGGAAAACCAGAGGCAACUGUUGAUAGAACCCUUGACACCAAAGUUUUCAAAGGAUGGGUUGAAACCGAUAACCCAUGGACAUCAGAUGAUGAGACAGAUAAUGCUGAGAUGACUUAUGUGAAUCUUCAACUGAAUCCUGAACGUUACACUGGUUAUACUGGUGAUUCGGCUAGGAGGAUAUGGGAUUCUAUCUACAAAGAAAAUUGCCCAAAAUAUCCUUCAGAAGAUAUGUGCCAGGAGAAGAAGGCAUUAUACAAGCUAAUUUCAGGAUUGCACUCCUCAAUUUCUGUGCACAUUGCUUAUGGUUAUCUUCUAGACGAAUCUGCUAACUUGUGGGGACAUAAUCUUCCAUUAUUGUACGACCGUGUUCUGAAGUACCCGGAGCGUGUCCAAAAUCUGUACUUCACAUACCUGUUUGUUCUCCGGGCAGUGACAAAGGCAGCAGAUUACCUUGAGCAGGCUGAGUACAACACUGGCAAUCCUGAAGAGGACUUGAAAACACAAUCUUUAGUGAAGCAACUGCUUUACAACCACAAGUUAAGAUCUGCAUGUCCAUUACCUUUUGAUGAAGCAAAACUCUGGCAAGGUGAAAAUGGCCCUGAGCUAAAGCAGGAGAUUCAGAAGCAAUUUAGAAAUAUUAGUGCAAUAAUGGACUGUGUUGGAUGUGAGAAGUGUCGAUUAUGGGGAAAGCUACAAGUGCUUGGUCUUGGAACUGCGCUGAAGAUUUUGUUUUCUGUUGAUGGAGAGAACAAUUUGAAUCAACAGUUCCAUCUGCAGCGGAACGAGGUCAUUGCGCUGGUAAAUCUUCUGAAUAGGCUGUCAGAAUCAGUCAAAUUUGUGCAUGAAAAAGGACAGUCCACUGAGGAAGGCAUUAAACAACUAAGGUCUUCAACUGUGCAAAAGGGUGCUUCCUAACUGAAUCUCAACCGCGCUCGGCAAAGAUGUAGGAGGGAAAGUUGUAUUUACACCUCCUCCUCUCCAUACUGGAAGACUAACGUACAUGCAAGGAGCAGCUUCCUAGAUGAUUUUUGCAGAUCCUAGACAGAAGCUAUACAGAAAAAAUCUGGAAGCCAAAACAUCUGGCAAAAUUUAUCCUUUUUCAGUUUUAGUGGGGAAGCCAUUUGGAAUUUUGUAUGUAGUGUAUUUUGGCAAUGGAACAUUGGAACCUCUGCAAAGGAUUUCACCGCUUUCGCAUGGAACUUCCUAUUGCCAUGUAGAGUGCCUAACAUACAUUUUCACUCUCUCGUGUUGAUGACUGAUCGUAUGACUGCUAACAUGCUAAAGCCAUUUAUCAAUCCAAACGGAUGAUAUGUUCCCUGGACUUCA